AGGAGGGCGCCUGCAGGUGCCUGCGGCCUCGGCGCCUGCGCCCGGAAGUGCCCGCGGGCCGACAUGGAGCUGGCGGGGCUGGGCGCUCGGUAGCGCAGCGGGCAAGGUGGGUGCCAUGGCCCUGAUUGAAGGGGUGGGUGACGAGGUGACCAUCCUUUUUGCGGUGCUUGCCUGCCUCCUGGUGCUGGCCCUUGCCUGGGUCUCAACACACACUGCCGAGAGGGCCGACCCACUGCCCCAGCCGUCAGGGACCCCAACUUCAGCACAGCCGAGCAAAGCCGUGGUAGCUACCGAUAGCAUCAGGGGGGCGGCCCCCGGAGCUGAGGCGCCCAGCCUGAGACACAGAGGUCCAGCUGCACAGCCAGAGCCGGGCACAGGCAUCCCAGGAACACCGCCACCACCAGACUCCCCACAGGAGCCCCUUGUGCUUCGGCUGAAAUUCCUCAAUGAUUCAGAGCAGGUGGCCAGGGCAUGGCCCCAGGACACCAUCGGCUCCUUGAAAAGGACCCACUUUCCUGGCCGGGAACAGCAGGUUCGACUCAUUUACCAAGGGCAACUUCUAGGAGACGAUUCCCAGACCCUGGGCAGCCUUCACCUCCCUCCCAGCUGUGUUCUCCACUGCCACGUGUCCACACGGGCCGGUCCCCCACAUCCCCCCUGCCCACCAGGAUCAGAGCCAGGCCCCUCCGGGCUGGAAAUAGGCAGCCUGCUGCUGCCCCUGCUGCUUCUGCUGCUGCUACUGCUCUGGUACUGCCAGAUCCAGUACCGGCCCUUCUUUCCGCUGACCGCCACACUGGGCCUAGCCGGCUUCACUCUGCUUCUCAGUCUCCUGGCCUUUGCCAUGUAUCGCCCAUAGUCCCUCCACGGGCAGUGGGCAGCACUGCCAACCCCUCUGGACCUUGCUUCCCACGACGGAGUGGGAGCUGCUGUCUGCCCAGGCCUGCUUCUCCGGCCUGCCUCUUCCCUCUGUCCUGGAGCACAGACCCUCGCCGCCGAGGACUCCGGGGGCCAGCAGAGGCCCUUCCCUGUGACCUCCAUGGCACCGAGCCCCCUCCUGGAGCUGCUGGCCCUCAGCUCCCACUGACAGUGGACUCCUCGGGGUCAGGCAGCUGCUGUCGCUGCCUAGGCCCUGGACAGAGUCGGGCAACCCCACUGGGCCCAUCUUAGUGCUCUGCUCUGGAAGAGGAGGACCUAGUCACCUCCAGUCCCUGAUACUCCUUCGUCUGACCUGGGGACUCAGGGACUGCGACGCUUGUGGAGGGGAGCGGGAGCAGCAGAUGGUGGUUUUCUGGAACACGUGCAGAUUAAAAAGCUGAAGUUUUCAC